AUGCCUCGAGACACCGCUGGGCACAAUAGUCCCGUAAGAGGCGACAAAGACCCUGAAAAGCCUCAAGACCAACCGGUUCAUACUGGCGAUUUGGAACAGCGGCCAUUCUCAUCAUUCAAUUUGGUCGGUCCAUCGCGCCUGUCCUACUUGUCUCGGUUGAUUUUGACCGACAACGAACCGGCUCCGCAUUCUUACCCGGCUUCGUCAUGGACGCAAGCAACCAACGACGAUAAUCUAGUACAACAUCUGAUUACCCUAUAUUUCUGCUGGGAAUACCCAGUCUUUGCGAGUUUGUCCAAGGAGCACUUCCUCCUCGACUUUCACAAUGGAAACCAGAGAUUUUGUUCGCCGUUACUUGUGAACGCGAUCCUCGCUCUGGGCGCUCGCUAUAGUGAUCUCCCAGAGGCACGCAAAUUUCAAGAUGUCCCGUCGUCAGCUGGCGACCAUUUCUACGAAGAGGCGCAACGGCUGCUAGGCUACGAAGAUGUCCCCACCUUGACAAAGAUCCAAGCACUUGGUCUGAUGUCGCUGAGACAGGCGAGCUGCGGGAAUGACAUGAGCGGUUGGCACCUCUCUCGAAUUGCCAUGAGGACGGCGCUUGAUCUCGGAUUGCACCUGGCAGAUUCGCAAGACCGGCGAGCAGACCGAUUGCUGUACUCGAAUCCAGAACGCCAAGUCAGUGCCGCCACCUUCUGGGGAUGUUAUACUCUAGAACAGGCCUGGUCACUCUGUGUGGGACGAGAGCCUCAAGUAACGCCCGAGGAGGUAUUGGUUCACAAACCGAUCAAGAUCGACGAAAUUGAACACGAACAUUGGAGGCCGUAUUCAGACCAAGGCGUCGACCCCGAUCCCACCCUUCACCAGCCGAGCAAUAUUAGGUCGGUGUACAAGGUGUUCGCCGAGCUUGCACAGCUCGUGCAUAAGACGAACCUGUGCUUGCAGUCGGAAGACACACAAGAAAUCACGCUCUCAGUUCGGGCCCUGUACACAGAGCAUCUCCAAUUCUACAGCUCACUACCAGAUGCGCUCCGGCUCGGCAGAAACUCGACACCACCUGUUUUGUUUGCGCAUAUCUUCUACCAUUUCGCCGUUUUACUCCUCUUCAGACCAUUCUUCAACACCGGCAUAUUCGACACUGUCCCGGUUACACGUCAGAUCUGCGUAGAAGCCACCGAGAACAUUCUCUCUCUCCUCAAGGCCUACCGGAACUUGUACACCCUCCGCCGGACGCCGGCGUUCAUACCGUACAUUAUCAUGUCUGCCGAGCUCGCGCGCAUGGCGGACCACAAGACACGAACCGAGGGUCGCGAAGUCUACAGAACACCAAGCAUACGGUACCUGAGGGAACUGGCCCUGGCACAUCCAUUUGCCGUCCGCGCGAUCUUGAUUUGCAAGUUUUUUCUGGACGGCUGGAAGCUCGAGUUGGCCCCCGAGGACGACUGCGACGUCCCCUAUGCCUUGGCCAAGAACGAAGACGGCAUGGCCUUGUCCCAUUCUGUCACGUUCUUCAGACCGGACGAAGACCUGGAACGGCAUCAUACGGGACUGGCUAGCUCGUCGCCACUCAGCCACCAGCCCGCGUCGAGACUGCGCUUCGCACCGUUUCCGCAACAGGGCGCCCAUCUAGGCAGUAUGGGUCUGGGACCCUGA